AUGCGCGGCGGUGAGGGGGCUGUGUACCCGAUGCGCGGCGGUGAGGGGGCUGUGUUUCCGAGUCACGGCGGUGCGGGGGCUGUGUACCCGAGUCACGGCGGUGCGGGGACUGUGUACCCGAUGCGCGGCGAUGAGGGGGCUGUGUACCCGAUGCGCGGCGGUGAGGGGGCUGUGUUCCCGAGUCUCGGCGGUGCGGGGGCUGUGUACCCGAGUCACGGCGGUGCGGGGGCUGUGUACCCGAUGCGCGGCGGUGAGGGGGCUGUGUUCCCGAGUCACGGCGGUGCGGGGGCUGUCCCCAAGUCACGGUGGUGCGCGGGCUGUAUCCCCGAGGCGCUGCGGUGCGGGGGCUGUCCCCCAGAGGCACGGCGGUGCGGGUGCUGUGUCCCCGAGUCACGGCGGUGCUGGGGCUGUGUACCCGAAGCACGGAGGUGUAGGGGCCGUGUUCCCGAGGCGCGGCGGUACUGGGUCUGUGUACCCGAGGCGUGGUGGCGCUGGGGCUGUGUCCCCGAGUCACGGCGGUGCGGGGGCUUUGUCACCGAGGUGUGGCGGCACUGGUGUUGUAUACCCGAGGUGCAGUGGCGCGGGGAUUGUGUACCCGAGGUGCGUCAGUGCGGGGGCUGUGUACCCGAGUUGCGGCGGUGCGGGGGCUGUAUCCCCGAGGCACGGCGGUGCGGGGGCUGUGUAACCGGGGCACAGCGGUGUGAGGGCUGUGUACUCGAGGCGCAGCGGUGCGCAGGCUGUGUCCCCGAGGCACGGCAAUGCGGGGGUUGUGUCCCCGAUGCGCGGCGUCGCUGGGGUUGUGUACCCGAGGUGCAGCGGUGUGGGGGCUGUGUCCCCGAGGCGCGUCGGUGCUGGGGCUGUGUACCCGGGGUACAGCGGUGCGGGGGCUGUGUCCCCGAGGCGCGGCGUUGCUGGGGCUGUAUAUCCGAGGUGCAGCGGUGCGGGGACUGUGUCCCCGAGGCGCGGCAGUGCUAG